AUGGCCGACCACGGGACGCCGUCGUCGGCCCACGACAGUACCUUCCUCAGCCACGCGACAGGCACCGGGCCGGGCCCGACACGGAGUGUCAAGAGGCCCCGCCCCGUCAAGUCAUGCAUUGAAUGCCGGAACCGCAAGCUCAAGUGCGACCGUCUCCUUCCUUGCUCGCAAUGCCAGAAGUCGCACCGUACGUGUCGCUACGCGGCCGACGGCGACGUGAACAACAUCUCGGACGGUUCGGAUGCCGAAACCUCGGAGCGGGCAUCCAAGAAGAGCUGCCCACCGCCAAGCAGUGAUGUUCCGGUGAGGAACCGGGACCGGUCGGUCAAUCCGCCCGCCACCGCGGUCCUGGAUGACUAUGGCUUGCGGCUCGACCGGCUCGAGAAGAUCGUUCUGACGAACUCCAAAAGCCCCCCUUCCAUGAAGGAUUUCGGUGGUCGGACUCAACCCCUGGCGUCCUCUACUAACACUAUCCGGGGCCUGACGGUAAAAGGGAAUAUACGAACAAGGUUCUUUGGGCAGAACAGCACCAGAGUAUUACUGAACUUGUUUGACGAGGCGAAGGACUUCAUGUUCAGAAAGGAUAAACCCCGGGACAUUCGGGAGAUAUUCACCAACAUCCAGAAGAUACACGAAGCCCUUCAGGAGGAGCAACAGAAGGCAUUGACUCCGAUACCAGUAUACGUGGAUUCCAUCACCCCAGUGCAUAAGCGUAUGGCGGAUAUACUGCCGAAGAAGCAGGUCUGUGACCAGCUGCUGUCGGUCUUCCUGGCAGGAUCCGAGUCCUUGUACCGGAGUGUUCACAUACCAACCUUCAUGAAUCAGUAUGAGAGGUGGUGGGAAGGGACGCUGCAGUCGGAAUCUUUCCUGCCGCAGCUGCUCUCGAUGCUUUGUAUAGGUUACCGGUUUAUCGGUGCAGCCAAAGGACUGGGACCCGACAGAGAGAGUAUACAUAUACCAACGGCUAAUUCAUUAGUCAGGGAAUGGUUGCACAAUUUGCGAGGAAAGCAAUUUGUCGACUUUGGGACCCUUCAAGCAGAGGUGCUGUUGUUGAUGGCCCAGCGCAUGAUCAACCCGAACAAUCAAGAUUCGUGGACGAACCUUGGGCUAAUAGUGCGCAUGGCAAUGACCAUGGGGCUCCAUCGUGAUCCAUCCGAAUUCCCCCAGAAGAUCUCGCCCUUCUGGGGUGAGCUACGGCGGAGGGUGUGGUACACGAUUCUUGAGCUCGACUUGCAAAUGUGCAUUCAGUGCAACAUGCCAGCGUGCAUACGGGAAGGUGAUUACACCUGCCGCCCCCCGAGAAACGUAGACGACGGGGACAUUUAUCAAGAUAUGAGGGAGCUUCCUGAGGCGAAACCUAUUGAUCAGGCCACCGAUUCACAGAUACAGGUGUUCGCUGCAAGCACACUCUCUGUGCGAUUCAGGGUCAUCGAUCUGAUCAACCGCCUUGAUAGUCUCACAGAUUACCAGGAUGUGAUUGAUUGCGGCAAUGCGCUGGAGCGAAUCUUUGAGGAUAUGCGAUACAUCCUGUUGCGAAGUACCCCGACUAACCAGGAGCAGGCCACGCGGCAGUGGCUGACCAAAACCAUUCUGGAUAUGCAUCUACGAAGAGCCCUGGUGGCACUUCUUAGACCAUUCGCGCUCAGCACCCCUGACGUCCCUCAGCAGAUACUGACGUCCUAUCUCAGGUCAUCCGUAGUAAUGCUCACCUAUAUGGAUGACCUGGAUCCGACGUCCCCGAACUACACCCAGAUUUUCCACAUGCACCACUUGGUGCUUAAGCAGGAUGUCCUACAGGCCGCUUUCAGUGUCUGUUAUUACAUAAAGCACAUUGCCGCCACAGAGAAUGGCAGCUUGUCGCCGCAUCCAUACUCGCACGCACCCAACCUGAGACCCGACUCCUUUGCAGAAGCGUGCAAGCUCGCGACCGAGAGCUCGGUGCUGCUUUCGCGCUCACGCCUGGUCAACGUAGUGGAGAGAGCUCUUGAUGCGAUGACUAGCCGCAUAAGGGAGAUCGGAACUGACUUGAAAGAUCUCGUUUCGCUCACGGUUGUCAUCGCCCUUUGCCAGGGCGGACCGCCCGACCUCGCCCAGAAAAGAGUCAAUGCUGGCCUGCAGUCCAUUGUCGAUGCCGGGCUGCAUUCUAUGCAUGCAAGCCAGGACAAUAUAGCUUCGAUGCCGAUUAUGCCAUCGACGCCAAUAUCUAUGAACAGCAUGGGGUCCACGUCAGGCUUCAUGAACCAAGUUCCUCCUUUCAUUAUGACACCAGAUAUUCCAAACGUGAUACCCGAUGAUUUUGCGAUGUGGGACUUGGAGUUCUGGAAUCCUUUACUUCAAAAUGGCACUUAG